AUGGAAUUGAAGAAUAGAACGAAUAAGAACACCAGGAAAGAAAAGAGUGUGAUGACAAGACACGUGGAUAUCAGCGAUCUGAAUGAGAAACUGAUAUACACCACAAGGAAAGCAAAUAAAACGUGUGCUAAUCUAGUGAAGCAUUUGAGAUUGAUGCUUAGGCCAAAAAGUCUCAAAAGUUUUAAGGAAACGUACACCAAUGAAAAAGAGAUUGAGAAGUUUGCAAAUGAGUUCUUAAUCAGUCAUGUGAUAUCAGUUAAGCAGGUGAAUACGGAUAUCAUGCUGCAGAUUAAGAACAGGAGAAAUUCUAAGAUUCAUAAGUUUGAAGUGGUUGAAUAUGAUGAAAUAUUCAAAGAUUUCACUAAUGAAACCUACAAGGAGAAUCCUCUGCUCAGUUUCAGUGGUUUUGGUGCUGAAAAAGAGAUUAAGGAACUCUUUGAAAAAAUGCAUGGGAAAAAGGAGAAAACGUUUAAGCGCGUUUUGGCAUUCCACAAAGAAGACGAUUUGAUUUUUAUAAGGCACUACAUUCACAGAAUAACUGAUAAUACAAAAGAUUAUGUUGUGAGCUUAAAGGAGAUUGGACCAAAAAUAACACUGAAACAUAUUAACAAUUAA